GUAGCUAAGAUCGUCGUUAAGAAUCCCAUCGUCGAGAUGGACGGAGAUGAGAUGACCAGAAUCAUCUGGCAAUUCAUCAAAGACAAGCUCAUCUUGCCAUACUUGGAAGUGGACUUGAAGUAUUAUGACUUGGGUAUUGAGUACAGAGAUGAGACUGACGACAAAGUUACCACAGAUGCUGCUGAGGCUAUCUUGAAGUACGGCGUCGGUGUCAAGUGUGCCACCAUUACCCCAGAUGAGGCCAGAGUGAAGGAAUUCAACUUGAAGAAGAUGUGGUUGUCUCCAAACGGUACCUUGAGAAACAUUUUGGGUGGUACUGUUUUCAGAGAGCCUAUCGUCAUUGAGAACAUUCCAAGAAUCGUUCCAACUUGGAAGAAGCCAAUCAUCAUUGGUAGACAUGCAUUCGGUGACCAGUACAAGGCCACUGACAUUGUUGUGCCAAAGGCCGGUCAGUUGCUGUUGGUCUUCAAGCCAGAUGAUGGAUCUGACACUCAAGAAUUCGAGGUGUUCCACUACGAGAACCCUGGUGUGGCUUUGUCAAUGUACAACACCGAUGCCUCCAUUACGGACUUCGCCGAGUCUUCGUUCAGAAUGGCUUUGGACAGAAAGAUGAACUUGUUCUCUUCCACCAAGAAUACCAUCUUGAAGAAGUACGACGGUAGAUUCAAGGACAUCUUUGAGGAGUUGUACGAGUCCAAGUUCAAGGAGCAGUUUGAGGCUGCUGGUAUCUGGUACGAGCACAGAUUGAUCGACGACAUGGUGGCUCAGAUGUUGAAGUCCAGCGGAGGCUACAUCAUUGCCAUGAAGAACUACGAUGGUGAUGUGCAAUCUGACAUUGUUGCCCAGGGUUUCGGUUCUUUGGGUCUUAUGACCUCUGUUCUUGUUACCCCAGAUGGAAAGGCUUUCGAGGCCGAGGCUGCCCACGGUACUGUCACUAGACACUACAGACAGCACCAGCAGGGUAAGGAGACCUCUACCAACUCUAUUGCAUCGAUCUUUGCCUGGACCAGAGGUUUGAUCCAGAGAGGAAAGUUGGACAACACUCCAGAGGUUGUAGAGUUUGGCCAGAACUUGGAGAAGGCCGUUAUUGACACUGUGGCACUUGACAACGUGAUGACCAAGGACUUGGCAUUGACCCAGGGCAAGACCGACAGAUCAUCUUAUGUGACCACCGAGGAGUUCAUUGACGCAGUCCAGGUCAGAUUAAACAAGAACUUGGGCUAC